UCCAUCCUGACCUCCACCUCCCAACCCCAAUCUCCCUGCGAGCCCCAAGCCAAGAUCUGCGCGGCCAGUCCACCGGCGAAGCACCGGCUGCCAUGGCCGUGGACCUCAUGGGCUGCUACGCCCCGCGCCGCGCCAACGACCAGCUCGCCAUCCAGGAGGCGGCGGCGGCCGGCCUCCGCAGCCUGGAGCUCCUGGUCUCGUCCCUGUCCUCCCAGGCCGCCGCGCCGCAAAAAGCAGCUCAGCAGCUUCAGCAUCAGCAGCAGCCGUUCGGCGAGAUCGCCGACCAGGCCGUCUCCAAGUUCCGCAAGGUGAUCUCCAUCCUCGACCGCACCGGCCACGCCCGCUUCCGCCGCGGGCCCGUCGAGUCGCCGGCCCCGGUGGCCUCGGCGCCGGUGGUCGCCGCUCCUGCGGCUCCCCCGGCACCCUUGCCGCACGUGGCGCCCGUCAGCGUGGCGCAGCCGGCGCCGGCCCCGCAGCCGCAGAGCCUGACGCUGGACUUCACGAAGCCGAACCUGACCAUGUCGGCCGCGACGUCCGUGACCUCGACGUCGUUCUUCUCCUCGGUGACCGCCGGCGAGGGGAGCGUCUCCAAGGGCCGGAGCCUGAUGUCCGCCGGGAAGCCGCCGCUGUCCGGGCACAAGCGGAAGCCCUGCGCCGGCGCGCACUCCGAGGCCACCGCCAACGGCGGCAGCCGCUGCCACUGCUCCAAGAGAAGGAAAAACCGUGUGAAGAGGACCAUCAGAGUGCCGGCGAUCAGCUCCAAGAUCGCCGACAUCCCGCCGGAUGAGUACUCCUGGAGGAAGUACGGCCAGAAACCCAUCAAGGGCUCCCCUUACCCACGGGGCUACUACAAGUGCAGCACCGUCCGCGGCUGCCCGGCGAGGAAGCACGUGGAGCGCGCGACCGACGACCCCGCGAUGCUGGUGGUGACGUACGAGGGCGAGCACCGCCACACACCGGGAGCGGCGGGGCCGAGCCCCCUGGCAACCGCGUCGCCGGUGGCCGCCGCCGUAGCCGCUAGCGUCUCCGCCGGCAACGGCCAUGCCUAAAGUCUGACUAGGAUCAGUAGCUUCUUUUUCCCCCUUCUUUUUUUGAGCUGCUCCUCAAUCUGAUGUCCGUGUAAAAAUGAAACAAGAUUGUAGAAAAAGAGGGAGAGGACAACUUCGAUGCCAGCAAAACUCAUCAUAUCUCCGAUCCGUCCUCGCUCACGCUUCCGUU